AUGACCGGCCACAGCGGCCCAAUACACCCACGGAUCCCCGAACGAUACUACGGCGAAACAGCGACGUUUGCCGGGCUCUUCGUGCUGGUCGACAUCCCCACCCACAUGCUCGACGAGAUGCUCAGUGAAGUCAACACCCUGCUCGACAUCCCAAGCAUCUGGCUCGCGACCAGUACCAGAGCCGAUGUCCAAGUCCCCACCAAAGAACUACAUCCGAGCAUCACGACCACGCCGCUCGAUCCUGCCUGGCGGUCGCCGUUUAUAGACAUGCAUAUCCCUGACAUUAUCCGUUUUCUCAAGGCUCUGCAUCUGGAUCCUACGGCUGAGUUUGAUAGACGCCAUUUUCUUACUAUUGAUGAAGAGUGUGUUAGUGAAGGGAUUAGGUGGCUGAAGGGUUAUCGUAUCGAGGGGGAUUUGGACGAGGUUGAAAAUGAGUGA